AUGGAAACAAGCAAUCCGGCACCAGACGACACGGCCCCACCUGUAGUGGCGUUGUCCAGCCCAUUUCCCGACCCAGAUGCGACACCCACACCAGCUCCUGAACCAAACACUGACAAUCCCAACACCCACAUAGAAAAGUUGUUUCGAAGGUUACGAGCCAAGGACUAUGCACACGAGGUCGUGCAAGAAUACUUCAAGCAGUAUCAUUGGAAGUUGAAGGUAUCAGAUGAGCCCUUGGAACACAGUCCAUUGCAAAUGGAGCUGGAGGAGUCACUUUCCCCGGUCGAACUCGCACAAAAAUUGCAAAAGGUUCUUGUGAUGCAAAAGGCGAUCACGAGCUGGCUGGAUUAUUGUGCCAAGUCCUCGAAGAAGUUGUUCGUCCGCCGCGGCAAGCCAGAGAACAAUGAGUGGACCCGGCUCCUCAGCCAACUUUCUGGUGUCCGACGACACAAACCGAAGGCCUUGCAAGCACACCAGCGGUGGUCCAAAGACCAUUUCGAGACCGAGGUCAAGUCUUGUUUUCUCAAGAAGUGGCGCAAGGCCAGGCUGCCUAAGGAGAAGAUGGCAGCCUUUCACGACCAGAUCACACGCAAACGCUUCAAAAAGCUGUCCAAAGAAGAGCAGAGGGAUUGGAGGGAUAAAGCGCAAGCAGAGGGUAAAGCAGCAGUCAAAGAGUGGAACGACCGGCUCGAAGCACCUCCAUCCACAUCUCCUCUCAAUAGACAAGUGGCCCUGGAUAACUUGGCGACUUUUGCUGGACCGAUUCUUUCUGGUAUGUCUGAAACUCUCGGCAUGCAUGUAUCCCUUUUUGUUGGUGGUCCCGAACCUCGGAAGCAGGGGAAGAUCACUGUCGUCAGCAUUUUCAAGACUACCUAUCGCACGCAUAUAGAUUGUGAUUCUUGUCGCCUCCCGGACGAUUUAAACAACCUGUUCACCAUUACGGAUGAAGGCAAUCAAUCUGAUGCUCAGGAGGAUCGGGAAGAUCGUCAAGUGAAUAAACCGACAAAGGCCAAAUAUAGAUCGCACCGAACGAAAUCAAAGCAGAAAGGUACCAAAAGGGCUCGUACUUCUCGAUGCAAGCCUUCCGAACCUUCUGAGAUGGACAAAUCAUCAUCAGAAUCAUCUUCCACAUCCUCUGGCUCAUCUUCGUCUUCCUCAUCUUCAGGUUCCGCUUCAUCAAGCUCUACAGACAUGGACAGUGAAGAAGAACAUCAUCGUUCUAACAAGGUACUACCAUUUUCACCGCCAAAAGGACAUUAUGGUGUUACCUACUUCAAUCCACGCCACAAAGCGGCAGCUCUCACACGACUCAACCUUGACGAGAGCACUGCUGACACCCCCAUUGACGAUGCCGAGAUAAGCACUGAUCAUCCUCCUGUUCCACCUGCAAUCACAUCCACCGCCAUCGUUGAGCCACCUCUUGACAAUAUCAUCGCCCGCCCAACUUUCAAUGACAAUACAAUUGAUCUGCAUCUCAGAGAAGACUCUGGGAUGGCUGUUGAUCAACCACCUGCUCCACCUGCCGAGAUUCUUGGACAGGGUCUUCGUGAGCCUGUUGAUGAUCACAAUAUAGAUGAGACGCCCUCUGCCGAACGGGACAUAGAAGGGGCUGUGGACGAUCGUGACACCACAACUUGGGACAAGCACACGGUCAACUCAAAUAAGACUGCAAAUGCCUCUCAUGAUGGCAACAUAUCCCUUAGCCUGCCUGCACUCCCACCCAGCCCACUGUGGUUCAACAAUCCGUUCCAACAGUUGAUGAAUCCUGCCCCGGCCUCUCCUCGUGUGAUCCAGUUGUUUGAAAAGCUGGUAUGCCUUGAGGAUGCGUUGGGCUUUGCGAACGAGAAGGCUGCCUUGGGAUGCGAACAUCAUCCAGUCGAAGUCCACUGGUGGAUUUCCCGCGGACGUAAAGGGAAACCAACCAUACCCGAUCUCAAUGCAUUCAUGUUGCGAUGGUGGUCCUGGUGGAUCACGCUUCAACCGGAGUGGAGAAAAUGUCAGGCCCCGACACUUACGACAAGUGCAAUUCUCCCUCACACAGAUGACAGCAACUGGGACACCCUCAACAAACCAGGUGCAAAUGGCAUGCUCUCGGUUGUAGCUACCUUGAAAUGGUGGGCAGAUGGUGCAGAUGGUAAAGGGUAUGAAGAUUCGUGA